UACCAAGCGAAUUGAAUGCGUGACGUGUGCGAUGCUGAGCAUUUUUCGAUUGCACGUGUCAUGGGCGGCGCCGAAUCUGUGCCGAGCCGCGUCUUCUCGCACGAGAUCCCCGGGACGGUCCAGCCCGGCUUUGGCGGCAUCCGCGUCAGCGCUGACAGCUUCCCCGUGCCGGACGAGAUCGCGAACCUCUGGGCGAACUUCAAGGUGGGCAUGGCGCAGUCGCCCAACUCACCGUACCUCGGCACGCGGUCGCGCGACGCCAAUGGCAAGGCCGGCCCAUACACGUGGGUCUCCUAUCAAGAGUCCCACGACCGCGCCGCGCGCAUCGCGACGGGCUUGCGCAACCACUUGAAGCUUGCCCGCCAAGACAUGCUCGGUAUCUUCUCCAAGAACCGGGCCGAGUGGGUCUUGACGGAAAUGGCUUGCAACCGCAACAACUUUGUGCUUGUUCCGCUGUACGAUACGCUUGGUCCGGACGUCAUCCCGUUCAUUGUCAACCACACCACAAUGCGUGUCAUGAUGUGCUCCGGUGAUCUCGUCUCGAACGUGCUUGCGGUCAAGGGGCAGUGCCCGUCUCUCGACUACAUUGUCAGCCUGGAUGCUUCCAUCAGCAGCCGUCAGCGGGCCGAGGCUGAAGGCCUGGGUGUGCAGCUCCUCACGUUGAGCGAGCUCGAGUCGGUGCCGGAUGCUACAAUUGCGGAAGAACCCGCCAAGGCGCACGAAAUUGCCACGGUGUGCUAUACCUCGGGGACAACGGGCGACCCGAAGGGUGCGAUUCUGACGCAGCGAAACUUUGCAACGACGGCCAUGUCCAUGCUUCACCGCUUGUCGGCGGACCCGUCGUUCACGCACUUGUCGUACCUUCCUCUGCCUCAUGUGUUUGAGCGCGUCGUCUUGGCAACUGUCACGCGCGCCGGUGCAUCUAUCGGUUUCUACCAAGGAGAUGUCCUCCAUCUCAUGGACGACAUGGCGGAGCUCAAGCCAGCGCUCUUCGUGUCGGUGCCGCGCCUCUUCAAUCGCGUCUACGACAAGAUCAUCCAAGGCGUGAACGCCUCUGGUGGCUUCAAGAAGAUGCUCUUUGACUACGCAUACGAGUCAAAGCGCCAAGGGCUUGCCGCGGGCUCCAACACGCACGCGCUCUGGGACACGCUUGUGUUUGAGAAAAUUCGCGCUGUCCUCGGUGGUCGCGUGAAGCUCAUCGUCUCUGGCUCGGCACCUUUGGCGGCCAACGUCAAAGAGUUCCUCAAGAUCGCUUUCUCUUGCCGCGUCGAAGAAGGUUACGGCCUCACGGAGACGACGGCCGCGCUGACGCUCUCGAUUCCCGAGAUCCCGACGGGCGCUCACGUGGGCAUGCCACUGCCCAACCUUCAGAUUCGCCUCGCCGACGUGCCCGAGAUGAACUACACGAGUGCCGACAAGCCGCGCCCUCGCGGUGAGGUUUGGGUCCGCGGCCCGAACCUCUUUACGGGGUACUACAAGGACCAGGAGAAGACGGCCGAGUGCCUGACGGACGACGGCUGGUUCGCGACGGGCGACAUUGGCUGCUGGAACGCCGAUGGGACGCUGAGCCUUAUCGACCGCAAGAAGAACAUCUUCAAGCUCGCGCAGGGCGAGUACAUUGCGGCUGAGAAGAUCGAAAACAUCUACGCCAAGUCGCCAUUUGUGGGUCAAAUCUUUCUCUACGGCGACUCACUCCAGAGCUGCGUCGUGGCCAUUAUCGUGCCAGACCCAGAAGCGGUCCAAGCCUGGGCGGCGUCUAAAGGCAUCAGCGACGGCACCAACCUCGACGCGAUGGUCAAGCGACCGGACCUCAAGGCUGCUGUGCUUGCGUCGAUGGCUGACGUGGCCAAGGAGGGCAAGCUCAACGGCUUCGAAUGCGUCAAAGACGUUAUGCUCCACGCCGAAAUCUUUAGCGUCGAGAACGGGCUCAUUACGCCAACUUUCAAGCUCAAGCGUCCGCAGCUCAAGGCCCGCUUCGAGGCUGACAUCAAGGUGAUGUACGCGGCGUUGAAGUAAGCGGAAAGAAAACCAAGGCGACAUGUAAUCGAGACGGAAGAGUAUUGUAUGUAUCCUGCGA